AUGAAGUUUGGAAGAAAGAUUAGCACCGACCUCUACAACGAGUGGCGACCAUUCUAUCUCGACUACAACUUGUUGAAGAGAGAACUGAAGGACCGCACUGUUAGUCGGGCAUGGACAGCCAAUGAUGAACGCGAGUUCACGGUGAAGCUUGAGAAGGAACUCGACAAGAUUCAUGAUUUUCAAAAUUCAAAGAUUUCCGAAUUAGCAAGCAGAAUUACUGAAGCAGAACGCGAUGUCAAACGGCUCGUGGCACACGAAGAUUCCAGUUCUUCGAGUAGUCCUACUAGUCUCCAUUCACCCUUCCAGAGUUGCGAAAAUCGCUCAAUUGACCCAGAAAGUCAACAACGCGAAGCUUACGAACCGGACGGUGGUUCGGAUGACGACGAUGACGACGAAAGCGAUGAAUCCUACGACGCACUAGAAGAUCGGUUCCACGGCUUGGAAGUGGAGGUAGCCACCCUCGUCGCAGACGUUCAUGACUUGGCUCUGUAUACGAAACUCAACAUCACUGGGUUCAUGAAAAUUUUAAAGAAACACGAUAAACAAACCAACUUUCCAUUAAAAUCUACUUUCAUCCAAAAUUACUUGGAGAUACGCCCCUUUUACCAGUACAAUUGGGACGCUUUGAUCGUCAAGCUGUCUAAACUGUACGAUUUGGUCAGGACAAGAGGUCAUCCAGUCCAGGGAGAUUCGAGUGCGGGAGGAAAUCAAAGUGCCUUCGUUCGACAGACCACUAAAUACUGGGUUCACCCGGACAAUCUGGUCCCAUUAAAACUAGCAAUUCUUAGGAACCUUCCCGUCCUUGUAUUUAAUGCGGAGAAAGAAUUCGAAGCGAAGGACUCCGCGAUCACAUCCAUUUAUUUUGAUAACGAGAGUCUUGAGCUUUAUCUUGGGCGGCUUGAGAAAACCGAGGGUGCCGAAGCUAUACGUUUACGGUGGUACGGCGACACCGAUGUAAAGACGAUUUUUGUGGAGAGAAAAACCCACAGAGAAGAUUGGACAGGAGAAAAAUCGGUAAAGGCUCGAUUCCCGCUCAAAGAGCAUUUGGUCAAUGCGUUUUUGAGAGGCGAAUAUACGGUCGAUGAAGAUUUUCAGCAGUUGGUUACAAAGGGUAAAAAGACGCAGCAAGAGGUAGAUUCUAUGAUUCAACUGGCUAAUGAGGUACAAUAUGCGAUUCUCACAAAGAAAUUGGUGCCUGUUACGCGAACGUUUUACAAUCGAACCGCCUUUCAGCUCCCGGGAGACGCAAGAGUCCGAAUAUCACUCGAUACUGAAUUGACGAUGAUCAGGGAAGAUAACUGGGACGGGCGUACCCGCUCUGGUGAUAACUGGAGGAGAACCGACGUCGGCAUAAACUAUCCGUUUGAGGAUUUACCUCCCGAAGAUAAGGAACUGUUCAAGUAUGGUGUCCUAGAGGUGAAACUCCAAACGCAGCUAGGGCAACAGCCUCCAAAAUGGGUCACGGACCUCGUUCAAUCCCACUUGGUGGAAGCCGUACCCAAGUUCAGUAAAUUCAUUCACGGUUGUGCAACGCUGCUCUCCAGUCGAGUUGAUCUCGUUCCGUUUUGGCUACCGCAGAUGGACACGGACAUUACGAAGCCUGACACGGGCUAUCUGUCUAUCAUUGAACGACCUAGUAGUCAUUCGAGAAAUACCUCUACGCAAGGAUCUACGCUAGGAUCUUCGGGACAAACGUCUCCCAAAGAGAAAUAUUCCGAGCCUCUGUCGGACGGUGAAGAAGACGAACCGAUGGAUCGUGCACCUGCAAAAGACGAAGGGAAAAGAAUAGGGCUUACGGAGUCUCAAGUUGCAGAAGCUACUGCUUAUCGUGAGCAAAUGUUGGAAGAGCGGAGGAAGAGUGAAGCAGCGAAUGGGAAGAGACCGAAGAAUAUGAAUGGUGUUACUUCCGAGGAGGCUAUUGAGACGAAUGAUGAGGAGGAGGAGGGGGACGAUGGAAGGACACCGUUCUUGCAACGAAAAGGACGUACGAUGUCUCAAAGUUCCAAACCCCUUCUAACGAUUGAUCCGUUGGCGCCUUCUUCCGCGUUUGAUCAAAAGUUGAAAGACCACCUGAAGGGAGCAUUGGAAGCGAAGAAUGCAAAACAUUCGGGGGUGGAUACGGACAUCACGUUACGCGGGGACGGUGAGGAUAGCGAGGACGAAGACGAGUUCUCAGCUGGGCCCAGUAACGGUGAUGACCGAGUCCUUUCCCGAGAUUGGCGGGCACCGACUGGAAAGAGAAUAGCUGUUCCUGUCCGAGUUGAGCCCAAGGUUUAUUUUGCUGCUGAAAGGACGUUCUUGAAAUGGCUUAACACUUCCGUAUUUAUCGGGACGAUUGCAACCACGCUCCUCAACUUUACGUCUCCCUCCGACUCUCGGGGUCUCAUCAGUGCUACACUGUUCACUUUCUGCGCCUUGUUGGCGAUUGCAUACUCUUCAGGGAUCUUCUUGUAUCGUGCUUCUAGACUGAGAGCUAGGAGAGCAGAGGGGCUGUACUAUGAUAAAUAUGGACCGACCUUGUUGUGCCUUGGGCUGUUUGCUGCAAUGGCGACGAAUAUCGGGUUAAGGAUGUCUGAAUUGGCGACAGAUGGGAUGUUUUGA